UACCGUCAGCCUCCCACAGAAGGCCCCAUUCCCUUUUAACUUUCCUCUUCUUUCGUUUAGAUUUUCUUCUCUCUCUCUUCCUUUCCUUUCGGUUCCCUGGACCUUUGCUUCGCCGUCCAAAACUCCAAAGCCGCACCUCAUUCGCCGACGAAAGGCACCAUAAAUUAGAGCGUAGAAGAGCGAGAUUUGGACUGUUCGCAGUGCGUAAUCUCUCUUCCUUCUCUGAUCCAUUUUUUUAGAGGAAAGAAGAACAAGAAGAUAUGGCAAUUGAGGGAAAGGAAGUUAUAUUACAUAUCAAAAAAGUCCUGAUUUAUUCCAUCAGAACUAGCUAUAGAUCUGCUCAUGAUCAUCCAUUUAUUUUCAGUGUGGUGUGUUUCAUGCUUCUACUGUACAGAUCUUUUCCUUCUCUAUUUGCUUUUCUGGUGUCGUCCUCUCCUGUCCUUAUCUGCACUGCUCUUCUGCUUGGAACCCUUCUGAGUUAUGGUGAACCAGAUAUCCCUGAAAUUGAAGAAGAGGAUAAGAUUACUCAAGAAAUUUCUUCUCUUAAAGUUGGUUCUGCUUCCAGUGAUCUUCUUGUCAGGAAAAAUGAAAGCUGCAUAGUUGAGAGCCAUGUAGAAAAUCAAAGAGAGAUAGAGGAAAUGGCAGUCGAAGAGGCAGUUUUGGGUGAAAGAGUGACCAGUGCUCAUGGUAAGGUAGAGGAGGAUAUCCUUUUGGCAACAACACAUGAUGAGGGAGAUGAGAAGCAUGACAUUUUGGGUGCAAGCUCUUCAGCUAAGGAAGACAAGAAAGAGAUUCCUGGUGAGGAGAUAAUUACUGAAGAAAGAGAGCUUAGUGAGCAGGAAAUAACCAAGGAUAAAGAAUUUUCUGUACAAAAUCUAGGUGGAGAUGUACUUAAAGUGGGCCAAGAUGUUGAUGGUUUCACUGCAACAGAUCAAAAAGAUAUCGAGGACCUUAACCUGGACAGUCACAAGCCAGCGUUGGACAAUUACUUUGAUUCUUCUCUGGGUGCACCUUGGCGACAUAUUGAUAAUCAUGAUAAUCAUGAUUCAUCUUUAGAUUCUGAAUCUGAUAGGGCAGAAAGUUCUUCUCCUGAUGCUUCUAUGGCCGACAUCCUUCCAAUGCUUGAUGAGCUUCACCCGCUUUUAGACUCUGAAACUCCUUGGCCUGCUCUUUUAUCUAAAGGCAGCAAGGAUGGUGCUUCGCAAGGGUCAUCUCAUGAUCAUGAAUCAGAUGAUGAUAGUGUGGAGGAAGAAGCUGAAAACCAGGAGGAGGAGGAGGAAGAAGAAGCACGGGAAAAGAAAGAUGGAGCAGAAGCUGCAGUGACAUGGACAGCAGAUGAUCAGAAGAAUGUCAUGGAUCUUGGGUCUUCUGAACUGGAAAGGAAUCGGAGAUUGGAGAGCCUAAUUGCAAAAAGAAGAGCAAGGAAGAAUAUGAGGUUUGAAACAGAGAGAAAUUUCAUAGAUUUGGAUGGUAGCAUCGGGGAACUAUCACGCUUUCAUGUUCAAAUUCCAUCCAUUUCAGCACCAAGACAGAAUCCUUUUGACAUUCCCUAUGAUUCAGAGGAAUCAAUAGGUUUGCCACCAAUUCCUGGUUCAGCCCCUUCUGUUCUGCUACCCAGAAGGAACCCGUUUGAUUUCCCUUAUGAUCCAGUGGAUGGAAGUAGCAGCCGUGCAGUGGAAACUCGGAGAAAUCGUGACUUUGGAUCAGAUCCACAAUAUAAUAUGUUUUUUAGGAGGAAUGAGACCUUCAACUUGUUAGAUUCUGAACUUAAACAGUACAAACAUGAGUCUGUGUUGGAACCCUAUUUUGUUGCAGAGAGGAUCUCGGAGGAGACAAGUUCUGCUGCCUUUCAAAGACAAUUCAGUGACAAGAGUGAUUCGAAGGUGAGUUCUGUUCCAGAAUCUGACACAGUUUCUUCAGUCACAGAUCAAGAAUUUCAUAAAGAGCUUGUUGAACAAGAACUGCAUCAGAAGGGUGAGUUGCCAACACCUUCUGAACAUGAUGCUGAACCUGCUGAACGAGAAAGUCAGUCCUCUAAGGAAAUUGAAUCAUUGGAUGUCGCACAAGAGAAGACUGAGAUCAAUAUCACUAAUAAUCAUGGAAUUGAAAUAGAUGCCAAGAUUGUUGUUGAUGAAACUCCUCAAGCUGCCAAAACUUUUGGAGCAGUGGAAGAGGAAAUCAGAGAUGAUGUAGAUUUAAGUCCAACAAUUUCAGCUGCUGAGAAAUUAGAAAUGAUCGAAGAGAAGUAUAAAGAGUCAAGCCCCUCCUCACCAGAAGAGGAUGAGAAGACUCCCAGAUCAAACUUUCAUGAACAAUCAGCUAAUCUGGAGCAGACUAGGGAUGCCAUUCUAGCAGUUGGGGAUUCUGAUUGUCUGAGCAGGGGGGAGAGAUUUGAUGACAGUUAUGUUGCAGAUCCUAGUUAUGAUUUAAGCCCAUCAGCAAGCAAAAACUCUCUGUCUAACAUUUCAGAGGCUUCAUCAGACAGCAGUAAAGGAGGUCCUGAUGUCCGUUCUUCGAAACUUGAAUUGCAAGACAUGGGUUCUUCUCCAAGGCCUGUUGAGAGGGAUGUUAAUUCAGGAGUUGGAAGCACAGGAGAGUUAUCCUCCAAUGGAGGGCUUUGGGUGGCUUCAUCAGGUUUAGCUUCUGAUUAUGAAUUGAGAUCAAGGGAUGAAACUGAACCUAGAGAGCCAGAUGUUAUUGAAGGUGGAUCACAACUAGUUCACAAAGACGCAAGGGAUCAAAUUGCACCUGUAUUAUCAGAGCCAGGAGCUACAGAGAUCACGCAUCAAUCAAGUUUGUGCUCAACAGAGGCCGGGUUAAGAGAGGGUAGUGAAAUUGAUGUGGAUGUGAGCCAUCAUACUGAAGGAAAUAAGAUGAUUGAUGCUGCAACAUCUUCUUAUUGGGAUAGUUUACUGUUGUUUGAGCAUUUGAAUUCAUCUGCAUCUGAAAGGGCACAACCUACAGAGAAAUCUGAAAUUCAGCCAUCCUCUGAAGUUGGUCAGAUUAGUGUCUUGAACUUGCCUCCAAUUCCUGAGGAGAAGUUAGAUGACUAUAAGCCAGAAGAAGAUCAUGAAAAUUCAGUAAAGCCUGAGUCAGUUGUUGGCUUAACUGGAUUGCAGAUACUUGAAGAACCCAAUUUUGUUUUAUCUGAAAUUGAACAAGAGCUGUCUCUACUUCAAAUGAAGUCAACAGAGGAGAUUAUGGAUGGGAAUUACAGGCUUGCUCCUGAGCCAGAGGAUGUGGAUUCUAGAGUUGUUACUCCUACAGUUUAUGAUGCUAGUUUUACUGGAUUACAGUUGCUUGAGCCAAGGGAAAGCAUGGAUUUUUUAAGUCUGUCAGAGGUGAAAUCUGAGCUUAAGAUUGAGUCCAAUACUGUUUUGACUGAUUCAGGAGACUAUAUUGUCGAUGCUGCUAAAAGGGAGGGUGAUGGCUAUUCUCAGCAGAAUAUAAAUGAUUCAGAUGAAGAAUCUGACAAGGUCUAUCCCGAUGUCGUAAAUGUCAGACAAAUUGAUGAAAACCUUCUGUCAGAAUUGGAUGUAGUUGGAGACUUCCAUGUGGAAGAAUUAAGGUCAGAUCCAUCGGGAUUUGAGGUAGACCAAUUAGAUGAUAUUGCCACACAUUCUUUAACUUCUGAAAUUCCUGAAAUCACUUCCCAGCUGCAAGUUUCUGAAGUGAGAUCCGCUGGGUAUGCUGAUGCAUCUCCGAGUCUACCCUCUGAAGCCAAGUUGAACUUCUCUGAAGAACUGCAUUCGGUCAUCGAACGGUCAAAAGCUAUGGAAUCAGGGGUUGAGCCUUUGUUUGAGCCAUCAUUUAUAAACCCUGAGCAGACAGUUUACAAUCCUAAGCUGCAUGUUCUUGAAGCAAGCUCUGUUGAAGAAAUUGAUAGGGUUUUCAAGCAACUCCAGGAAGAAGCUGGGCCAUCUUCUGCUUCAGAGCCAGUUGUUGGCAAGUCGAAAGCAGCAACAUCAGAAGUCAAUGCAAGUGAAUUGGUUAUCACUGAAAGAGAUCCUGAGCUAACAAGAACUGAUUCAGAGCUGCUAAUUGUUGAAGCAAAAUCUGUUGAAGAUAUCAGUUCAGCUUUCAAAAAACUGAGUGAAGAAAAUCUGGAUAAAUCUAUUAUUCCCGAAGUAGGACAAUCUCAAAUGUUGUCCGAGGAGACACAUUUUGGACCAAUGGAGAUUCAUUCAGACUUGCAGCUUGUUGAAGCAAAGUCUUUCAAAGACAUACAUUUAGCUUUCAAGCAAGCAUCUGAUGGCAUCUCUGAGAACCCUCCAGAGGUGACCAAACCCAGUGAUGGGUCUACAGAAGUUGAGAUAAGUGACAGACACCUGGAGCCUGAUGUUCUUGAAGUGCAUUCUGCUGAAGAGAUUGAGUUGGCUUUCAAGGAAGCUGUCUCUAAGGAAACUGGCUCGACUGUGCAACAAAAUGCUGGAAAAUCAGAUAGUGUUGAGAAGAUGGAUGAUGAUUCUAGCUCUAAUGUUUCCACCUCGAAGAAGAUGAAGAAGAAAAACAAGUCUGGCAAAUCAGGUUCAAGUUCUAGCUCAAGUGAUUCAGAUUAAUUUGAGGAUAGCUACUAAAGGAAAGAUUUUGGUUUUUUCAGUUUUUCUUGCAUGUUUGUUUUGCUUGAGGUGCUGUGAUAUGCGUUUUACCUCUAUGGUUUGCUUGAAAUUUUAGGUAGAUUUUGGUAAAUGGUGUGGCAAGUUUUUGGGGUUUUCACCAUUGAGAUUAUGAUCUGAUUGAUUGCUUUGUGGAUAGUAUCUUGAUCAGAUUUUUUUUUUGAUAUAUAUUUUUCCUUUUGACAGUUUGUUGUUAAAGUAGAAGUUUGAUGAUGAUUGUUUCUUGUAAAUCAAAACUUGCUGUUUGAUGUUCUUGAAAAGCUGAUGAGGUGAUAUUUGUGAAUGAUAAAUAUUUUAAUGUA